AAGGGAGUAUCUACGUCCCCGUAGAGAUCGGCACCUUUCUAGAACAUUAAACGCAUUUCCUUUAGUCUCACUGCGUAAUCCCUUUUAUUAUAAUACAAAAUGAUAUGAAAUGUAGAUAUAAUCGAAUUCAUCGCAUAAAAAGUAGACCAUGCAGCAUUGCACGUAUUGCUAUAGUACUCAGUGGCUCUCUGUGGGAUUCUGUACCAAGGUCGCGGUGUUGGCCCUGUUAACCUGUUGGACGUUCGCUUGAUAAUACAGAAACAAACUGAAUGGAUCUCAAAAUUCUGCGUUUAGUGUUUCUUCUGUCACUAGCAAAUCUGGGACGACCAGUGAGCAUUGACUCGGACACUUCGUGCCCCGUAGGAUGCAAUUGCAACUUACUUUCUAUUCAUUGCUGCAGAUCUGAUCAAUAUUUACAAAUCCCAGUCAUCGGUGCUGACAAUAUCACCAAAUUACAAUUGACUAGCUGUCCAAGUUUUGAACUUUCAAGUCGAAGCGUGCGGAAUUUCCCCUUUCUGGAAGAACUGAUUGUUAAAAGUACCCCAAUCACCUACAUCGAUGCCAAUGCAUUUGCUAACUUUCCCAGAUUGAAAAGUUUGUUUCUAAAUGGGUUGAAUCUCAGUGCUAACACCAUUCACCCAUCUGCAUUUAAUAAUCUUUCAGUUCAGGAACUGAACUUAGGUAACAACAACUUGAUAAUUAUUCAACAUCAAAUGUUUAGCGGUCUUCAAAAUCUUAGGGUGUUGGAUCUUUCAGUGAACAAGAUCGGUAUCAUUCAGGACCGGGCAUUUGAAAGUCUACAACAGCUGUCUGUGCUUAACCUGGAAAAUAAUAAGUUAAAAACGGUCACCCCCAACUGGUUCAAAGCACUUAGCCAUUAUUCCUUUUUAGAAAUUCGUGUCAAGGGCAAUAAUCUAACCAGAGAGUGUAAUUACAGGGGAAUGGAACUAGUAGACAACCAGUGGUUUACAAAGUCCAUAAAACCUAAUGAUUCAUUAACGCAGGCCGAUAUAAAACUCCCGGCCUGCUCCAUACCAAUAAUCAAUAAUAACUACCAAAAUAUAUACAUAAAGGAAUUGUCCUCAGUAAUAAUAUACUGCUCCGCAAAUGGUAUACCAAAGCCUACUUCGACUUGGUUACUCCCUAAUGGUUUAGAUGUUAUGUCAGGAUACCCUUUUUUCUCAGCAGACUAUGGAAAGUUAAAUAUAUCAAGAGUGAAAGCCAGUGACUCUGGUGUCUAUGCCUGUGUGGCUACUAACAGCGAAGGGUCAGCGGUUGCCAUCACAAGAUUGUCUGUAAUCACAAACUCUAGUGCAGUUCUACCAAAUAACAUGCCAUCUAACUCUCCGAACAAGAAGGCUUCGUUGGUUUUACUGGUAAUAUUUAUUGUAAUCCUGUCGUUAAUACUAGGCUUUGUAAUAUGUUACUUUGUAAAAAUGGUCUACAAAUUGGCAAAGAAAAACAGCAACACUCAUUUUGAAUUUAGCCGUUUUGUUGACACACCCAACAUACUGCAAGUUCCUGAAAACCCACAACCAAUGCCACACUUAUAAGACUGUUUUGCUAAUAACAACAAAUGUCAUUUUCGUGUAACGAUCAUCGCUAAAGUUAAUGAAGAAUUUGUGGUAUUGUUUUCUUUAAAUAUACUGGUAUUUGCACAUCAACAAACCAGCACAAGACAAAGCUACCUCUUAUUCACAGUGUGUGAUUUAGUUUUUUAAUUUAAAUGAGCUGGCAGGUAAAGGUAGCCACACCAACCCCCACUAUUUAUGUACUCCAAUAAACUAUGCUAAUUGAGCGAUUUUCACAGAAGUCAAUAUCUCUUGUGUUCAGCUUAACAAGUAGAGUUCUAUGUCAGUCAGAAACACUCUUU